AUGGAGAUGUCAUGGGCGCCACGGAGCCUGGCGGGGGAUACCAGCAGCGUGUGCGAUGAGUUCCACCCGUUCAUCGAGGCGCUGCUGCCGCACGUCCGCGCCUUCUCCUACACCUGGUUCAACCUGCAGGCGCGCAAGCGCAAGUACUUCAAGAAACACGAGAAACGGAUGUCCAAGGAUGAGGAACGGGCGGUGAAGGACGAGCUGCUGGGCGAGAAGCCGGAGAUCAAGCAGAAAUGGGCAUCCCGGCUGUUGGCCAAGCUGCGCAAGGACAUCCGGCCCGAGUUCCGCGAGGACUUCGUGCUGACCAUCACGGGCAAGAAGCCCCCCUGCUGCGUGCUCUCCAACCCCGACCAGAAGGGCAAGAUCCGGCGGAUUGACUGCCUGCGCCAGGCCGACAAGGUGUGGCGGCUGGACCUGGUCAUGGUAAUUUUGUUUAAGGGUAUCCCGCUGGAAAGUACUGACGGGGAGCGGCUCUACAAGUCGCCCCAGUGCUCGAACCCCGGCCUGUGCGUGCAGCCACAUCACAUUGGAGUCACAAUCAAAGAACUGGAUCUUUACUUGGCUUACUUUGUCCACACUCCGGAAUCCGGACAAUCAGACAGCUCCAACCAGCAAGGAGACGCGGACAUCAAACCACUGCCCAAUGGGCACUUAAGUUUCCAGGACUGCUUUGUGACUUCUGGGGUCUGGAAUGUGACAGAGCUGGUGAGAGUGUCUCAGACUCCUGUUGCGACCGCAUCAGGGCCCAACUUCUCGCUGGCGGACCUGGAGAGCCCCAGCUACUACAACAUAAACCAGGUGACCCUGGGACGGCGGUCUAUCACCUCCCCUCCUUCCACCAGCACCACCAAGCGCCCCAAGUCCAUUGACGACAGUGAGAUGGAGAGCCCUGUUGAUGACGUGUUCUACCCUGGGACAGGCCGCUCCCCGGCGGCUGGCAGCAGCCAGUCCAGUGGUUGGCCCAACGAUGUGGAUGCAGGCCCGGCUUCUCUUAAGAAGUCAGGAAAAUUGGAUUUCUGUGGCGCCCUCUCCUCUCAGGGCAGCUCCCCGCGCAUGGCUUUCACCCACCACCCGCUGCCUGUGCUUGCUGGCGUCAGACCAGGCAGCCCCCGGGCCACGGCGUCAGCCCUGCACUUCCCCUCCACGUCUAUCAUCCAACAGUCGAGUCCGUACUUCACGCACCCGACCAUCCGCUACCACCACCACCACGGGCAGGACUCGCUGAAGGAGUUUGUACAGUUCGUGUGCUCGGAUGGCUCAGGCCAGACCACCGGACAGCCCAACGGUAGCGGUCAGGGCAAAGUCCCGGGGUCAUUUUUGCUACCGCCGCCGCCUCCAGUGGCCAGACCUGUGCCCCUUCCUAUGCCUGAUUCCAAAUCUACCAGCACUACCCCAGACGGCGCCGUCUUGACUCCUCCGUCGCCUUCACUCGCAACGACAGGCGCCUCCUCUGCCAACCGGUUUGUCAGCAUCGGACCCCGGGACGGCAACUUUCUGAACAUCCCGCAACAGUCUCAGGUGGGAGACCUGCCAGGGUCAGGGCUGCUGUGGAGGGACAGGCAGGGCUGGGCGCGUCUCUUGGAGUGAGGGGGACCCUGGGGCAGGGCCAGUGAGCCCAGCCCGAUUUGUAGGCCCAGCUGAGCCUGCCUCCCCACGCAACAAUGAAGGUGGGGGGGCUCUCUGGCUGAUCAGCUAAUUGGAUAAUUAGCUCUGACAACACUGGCCCGGAGGACAGGGCCAAGGACCUAGACCCAGUUGUUCUAGGCCAGGCCUGGUGCAGCGGAGGGAUAAGGGAGGCCCCUGACAGGGGAAGCCUGGGGCUGCCUUCUCUCCUUCUGUGCGUUGCAGCCAGGGUCUCCCCUCAGCCGCCCGCCCGUAGGGGCUUGGGUGGGCUGUGUGCCCAGAGGCCUAGGGCCAGGGAAAGGCGGGGCUGGCCCUGGCCAGGGGAGGCCCCUCCCUGGGGUUGGCUGAGGCCUGCAAGGGAGACCCUCCUGACUGCUGUGCCCACCAGGCUGGGAGUAGCCUGCAGUGCUGGGGUCCCCCCCGGC